AUGGAGGGCGAUGAGGUUAUCGACGCACCAAAGCAUCCGGACUGGCUGCAAAUGGUGUGCAUUAAGGAGGGGGAAGUUCCCCACGUGAUCGCCUAUGUCUCGACUAGGCUCUCCCGCUAUCGUCCCACUAUGCGCUGCGACAUCGUCGACCAUCGCGACAUCCUCGUCCUCUCCCUCUUCAGCGGGGGCGAGGUUCUUAACUUAAUGAAUGUCUACUCUGACGAUCAACACACAGCCAUUGAGCACCUUGCUGCUCAUGUGCAUUCUUUACCACCUUUCAUCUAUAUGGUGGGUGACUUCAACUGCGUGUCAACGACUUGGGAUGACUAUGAGCAUGGCGAGUCGUUGACAGCAAUAUCAUUGCGGGAUACUGCAUCUCAGAUCGGCCUCGAGUGGGCACGACCUUCUAACCAUGGACCGACGAGGAUCAGCCCUAAUCCAAACCAGAGAUCCAACAUAUUGGAGCACGAUCUCCAGGAUCUGGCCAUUCCUGUCGCAGCCCCGGCAACCAAGGAAGGCGUUGAAGCUUUAGCCGAUGCUAUCGUGACAGCAUUCUCGGACGCGUGGCUUGCCCAUUCGACCGAGUCCAAACCUACCAAGCGCUCCAAGUCCUGGUGGACAGACAAGUGCUUGGAGACAUUUGGAUUCAAGAAGGCGUGUAAGGACGCCAAGUGUGAUUUCUUUGAUGAGCGCAUCGCGGAAAUUGCUACCUCUCGCAAGCGCCCGUGGGACCUGAUGGAGUGGGUCAAACAGUGCAAGCUACCACCCUGUGAGGCUAUUCGCAAUGGCAACCAGCCUUGCCACGAUAUGGACAACCUGUGGGACACCCUUCACGGCACGUACAACUCGGCCUCUGGUCGUGAGUACGACGCCUCAGUCUUAGAUGAACUUCCCGACAAGCCGGUCUGCGAGUGGGCUGACUUCUCAGAGCAUGAGUUGUUGAGUGCCCUUAAGGGGUGCUCCAACUCCUCUGCACCAGGACCGGACCAUGUUACAUGGGUCCACCUAAAGGAGCUGCUCAAGGAUAAACACAUCCUUGCACUCUUCAUCGUGCUGGCCAACGCUUGCCUUCGGGUGGGUCAUUGGCCGCGUAUAUUCAAGGAGUCGCUAUCAGUUAUCGUUCCGAAGCUGAACAAGCCCUCCUAUGCCAUACCAAAGGCUUUCAGGCCGAUCGUACUCCUCAUCACCUUUGGUAAACUUAUCGAAAAGAUGAUUGCCAAUAGGAUACAGUUUGACGCUGUCAAGCAUGAUAUCUUCCAUCCUAACCAACUUGGUGGCAUUUGCCAAAGGUCAACUGAGGAUGCUGGAUUGAUUCUGACUCAUCUCGUGCGAGCAGGGUGGGUUAAGGGUCUCCAGACUAGCGCGCUGGCUUUUGACAUCGCGCAGUUCUUCCCUUCUAUCAACCAUGAGAUGUUCAUGGCUGUACUUCGCAAGCAAGGGUUCUUGCCGGUUCUGGUGGAGUUCUUUGCCUCCUAUCUUGUUGGUCGUUCCACAGUUUACUGCUGGAACACCUUCCAAUCCAACUCGUGGUCUGCGGACGUGGGUGUUGGGCAGGGCUCAGCUCUCUCGCCUGUUAUUUCUGGGCUGUUCAUUGCUCCGGUAAUGAAGCUCUUCUAUAUCAAAGCGGCGCCGCUCAACACGACGCUGCUUUCCUUUGUGGAUGACGGGACCAUUCUAGCCCAAUCCAAACAACUCGAUGAUAAUAAUGUGGGCCUGCGUAAGGCCUACAAAAUUAUCUACCUCCUCUUUGUUGCUUUCGCACUUGUUCUUGAACACAACAAGACUGAGUUGUUCCACUUUUUGCGUCGACGAGAUGCCUACAAUCCCUCGCUGGAUUUGGGGUAUGCCCUGCAUACUGGCGCUACACCUUUGAAGCCCAAGACCUAUUGGAGGUACUUGGGUUUCUACUUUGACCGCGGGCUCACAUUCCAUGAGCACGUUUGCUACUAUGCCACCAAGGCGUUCACCACCGUACAGGCCAUGUGCAUGCUCGGGAACUCUACUAGAGGUCUCUCGCCUAAACGGCACUGCCUCUUAUAUCAGUCGUGUGUGGUUCCCAUCGCCACAUACAGUUAUCGUCUCUGGUAUUUCGACGGCGCCCGUAAUAAGGGCGCGAUGAACCAGCUAAAACGGAUGCAGCGAAAAGCUGCUCUAUGGAUUACAGGUGCCUUCUGCACCUCACCUACAGGCAGUCUUGAGGCCCUAGCAGGUCUCAUUCCUGUCCACCUUAUGCUGAAGAAGUUGGCAAUGCGUGCAGUGUACCGCGUCGCCACCCUCUUGGACACUCACCCUCUUCGUUCCAUGAUGGGCAAAGGACUCCUUAAGCGGGCCACGCCUGAUGCCCACUCAGCCGCCUUGAUGACCCCAGCUAUGCGGGGGAAGGUCAAGAGCACCAUCAUGGAGGUGGACAAGCACGUCCACACCUUAACUGAGAGUUUCGAGCCCUUUGCGCCCGAAGCUCGCCCAGGCGAUCGGUUAUUGGACCGCUAUGCAGACCGUCUCCACUUUGACAAGCGUGAUCCUACCCAGGAUUGA